CCUUCUUAAUUACGAAAUUGCCAGUCAUGAGUCUGACAAGUGAUAAGCUCCUAGGUUCACUAUCAUACCCGCGUGUACAUAGACAUCGACUCAAUGGUUAAAUUUUUAGUUGUUAUAGUAUAUGGAUAGCCCUGAACCCGUUAACGUAUUAAAGUUUGAUUUUACAAAGACCCACUAUGGGAACGUACCUCCAAAAUGAUUAGGAGAAAGUGAUGAGUGUUAUGGGAGAGAACUUAGUGGGGAGAUCGCACUUUGAGGAUCUUUUGAUUUUGUCUUUUUGAUGGAGUUCUAAAAGAUAGUUCAAGAAGAAUCACAUGUCACUGUACUUUGUAGGUAUAAUCCUAUUCCAUUUCAAAUUGACUUCUCAAUCUGUUUUCCUUUUAUAGAAUAGUGGGGAGCUAUAAAUGGUGGGGGAGGCAAAGCAUGCAUAAAUAUCAAAACUAUAUCUUAAGCUGGCAACAGAGGAAAGUGUACAUUAUCUUUGCUUCUGACGAAGUGAUUCAAAAGUGUUGUUGAUGUCUAAAUCCUAUGUGUUUGGAGCAUGAAAUAUACCCACAUCAAUGAUGAGACAGUGACACUCAUUAAGUCAUGUUGUUUGAGUGGGAAAUACUUUCAGUUGCGAGACAACAAAAGACUAUGAGAUUUUGGAACAUUCUUCACCGUUGAGCAUAAGUUAUUUAGCACACGUAUUGUUUUAAAAAACAUUUUAAAUUUCAGUUAUUUUUAUGUCCAUCAAACAAAACCGGUGAAAAGUAUCAUUAAAACUAUAUAUUGUAUUGAGGUUUAUAUUGAAAAUCAGGCUACUUGAACGAGUUAUUCCUACUUUGUUAUAACAAAAUAUAAUGGAGAAAAUUAAUAUUAAUUUCAACAAACAUGAAAAUGCCAUUUGGCUCGAGAUAACAGAACCUUACUGCCAAAUAUGGACCACCACCUCUAGCACGCCCAAAAAAAACCUUCCUCACUGCCUAUAAAUUGGACAUUUUCACGAUUUUGAAGUAAAACUACAUAGAACCUCAGAGAAAUACAUAAAAAGAGUUCUAACUAAUGGCUAAUCUACUUUGGUGUAACACUGCCAUUUUCUUGUUGGCCUCCUUGUUUCUUGCUGACAAUGCUACUAAUAUUGAGGCCUUGAAACACUCCCACAGUAGAAUCACGAAUCAACCUUACCGGACCGGUUAUCAUUUCCAGCCUCCUAAAAACUGGAUGAACGAUCCUAACGGGCCUAUGAUAUACAACGGAGUCUACCAUCUCUUCUACCAAUGGUACCCAAACGGCGCCGUCAUGAAAGUCAACGAGAUCGUGUGGGGCCACGCAACAUCAAAGGACCUCAUUAACUGGACCCCACAUUCCCCAGCUAUCAAACCAUCUCGACCGUCCGAUAUCAACGGCUGCUGGUCUGGUUCCGUCACGGUUCUCCCCAGUGGCAAACCCGUAAUUCUCUACACCGGCAACGACGUUAACAACCACCAGGUCCAAAACCUAGCCAAACCCAAAAACCUCUCCGACCCGUAUCUCCGGCACUGGACCAAAUCUCCGGUGAACCCUCUCGUGACACCCAACGCCGUCAACCACGUCAACUCCACCUCGUUUCGCGACCCGACCACCGCGUGGCUCGGCCGGAACGGACGGUGGCGGAUGAUCACCGGAAGCCAGGAAGGUCGCCGUGGACUAGCUCUUCUCUACACGAGCCGCGACUUCAUCAGCUGGAAGCAGUCGGCGAAGCCUCUUCACUACAACGACGGCUCAGGAAUGUGGGAGUGUCCUGACUUUUUCCCGGUCGGGACAACCACUUCACACGGAGUAGAUACAUCGUCGUUUAGUGUGUCCGUGAAACACGUGCUUAAAGUGAGUUUAUCAGACACAAGUCACGAUUACUACACGAUUGGUACGUACGACCAAGUGAAAGAUCAGUAUGUACCCGACGAUGGUUUUGUUCAGGACGUUACGGCUCCGAGGUAUGAUUACGGUAAAUUUUACGCGUCGAAGACUUUUUACGACUCGGUUAACCGACGGAGGAUCUUGUGGGGUUGGGUCAACGAGUCGUCGCCGGAGAAGGAUAACAUCAAAAAGGGUUGGGCCGGUUUGCAGGCAAUUCCAAGGAAGAUAUGGCUUGACGAAUCAGGAAAGAGACUGAUGCAAUGGCCGGUUAAGGAAAUAGAGAGGUUACGUACAACGCAAGUCAAGUGGGAGAGCAAGGUUUUGAAGGGAGGAGGAUCUUUAGUUAACGUGCAUGGGGUCACAGCUUCACAAGCAGAUGUGGAGGUUUUGUUCAAGGUGAGUGGUUUAGAGAAGGCAGAUGUGAUUGAACCGGGUUGGACCGAUCCCCAGUUGAUUUGCAGUCAGAAGAAUGCAUCGUCGGUUAAUUCCGGUUUAGGUCCAUUCGGUUUGAUGGUUCUGGCCUCCAAGAACUUGGAAGAGUACACAUCGGUCUAUCUCAGAAUUUUCAAAGCUAGUCAGAAGAGUAAGGACCAUGUGGUGGUCAUGUGUAGUGACCAAAGCAGAUCGAGUUUGGACAAAGAGAAUGAUAAAACAUCGUAUGGUGCAUUUCUUGAUGUAUCUCCUUACCAACCAAUCUCUCUCAGGACUUUGAUUGAUAAUUCAAUAGUGGAGAGUUUUGGUGGGAGAGGAAAAACAUGUAUUACCUCAAGAGUCUACCCAAAAAUAGCAAUAGGAGAAAACACACAUCUCUUUGUUUUUAACAAUGGAUCUCAGAAUGUUAAUGUUUUAAGCCUAAGUGCUUGGAGCAUGAAGUCUUCUCUCUAAAUCACUUCUUCAUAUUACGAGAGAUUCUUGAAACUCUUGGUGUAUCUGUAAUAAAUAAAACGAUAUAUAAACUAGAGAUUGUGACGCUC